AUGUGCUUUGACUGUCUCGGCGGAAACAUGGCUCAGUCACUGUUCACUUUGUGCAUUACGAACCCCUUACUCUCUAUUUUCUCGAUAUUUUAUUUCCUCACGCAAACCUUCUUUGCGUGGAUCUUCGGACCCUCUCGGCACCAAACGAAGUCCUUCCAGGGUCUGCCAAAGAGAAAGAUUGCUAUCAUUGGUGCCGGCUUGACGGGCAUCUCGUCAGCAGCGCACUGUGUCAGCCAUGGCUUUGAGGUGAAAAUAUUCGAGGCACGCGGUAAAGAGAAGGGGUUGGGGGGUAUUUGGAGUCGCGUGAACUCUACAUCAGCAUUGCAAAUCAACAGCAUCAUGUAUCGAUUCCACCCGACCGUGCGAUACAAACACGCGUACCCGACCCAACACGAAAUUCGCGACCAGAUUGUUGCACUGUGGAAGCGAUAUGAAUUAGAUGAGCACACUGAGUUUGGGACACCAGUCACAUCCGUCAAAAAGGCAAAGUCAUCUGGCAAGUGGGUUAUCAAUGACCACCCAGAGAAAUACGGGAGUUUUGACGGAGUUAUCACUGCUGUCGGGGUUUGUGGAGACCCUCAAAUGCCCUCUUUGCCUGAUCAAGACCAAUUUAAGGGUACCAUUUGCCAUUCCUCAGAUCUCGACGGCAAGGACAUCGAAGGGAAGAGAGCUCUGAUCAUUGGAGGCGGUGCAAGCGCCAUUGAAGCGCUGGAAUUCGCAGUUCACUCCGGAGCUGCCGAGAUCGACGUUCUCUCGCGAUCAGACAAAUGGAUCAUUCCACGCAACGUCCUUGUACAAAGCUUGCUAGCCUGUAACAUCUGGGGAGAAGAGACAUCUUUGGCAUGGGUACCCGAGUGGCUUCUUCACAAAUUCUUUUAUCGUGAUUUACAAGACAUCGCCCCUGAGAGCGGCCUAUUCACCACAACUCCUAUGGCUAACUCUGACCUCUUUAAACUCAUUCGAGAGGGCAAAGCACGUUGGCUACGCGGUGAUAUUUCUUCAGUGAAAGAAAACGGUAUUCUCUUCAACCACCGACCUAAAGAUGUACCUAAGGGUGGACCUGGUCGCGAGAAGAUCAUUCAAGGCGAUAUCAUUAUUAUGGCAACUGGUUUCAAACGACCAUCGCUAUCAUUUCUUCCCGAGGACUCCUUUGAGGAGGAUUACUCCCCUCCUGAUUGGUAUCUCCAGGUUUUCCCACCCAAACACCUUAGCAUAUGCGCAAACAACAGCACCUACGUCAAUGCUAUCGGAACGGUUGGAAAUAUACAUAUCGGAAUUUACACCCGAUUCCUGCUUAUGUUUCUGACUGAUCCACUCACUCAGCCCACGGAAGGUCGAAUGAAGACCUGGAUAGACUUCACUCGCUGGAUGAAGCAGGGAGCUCCACCAGGAGCAUUCGACUUCUUCACAUAUACAGAAUUACUAUACUGGUUCGUUUUCCUUGUUUUGGUGAAUCCUUUCCGUUGGAAGUGGGCGAUCUUUAUCCUUUUCGGGGUGGGGCAAACACUUCCAUUAGAGAUUGUUAGAGAAGAAGAAGCUUUCCGCAAGAGACUGGAGAGCCAACGUUAA